UGUAGUCAGCUGAUUGCACUAGUGAGGAAGUUGGAAACUGGUGUCUGUUAUUUACUGAGAGGAAAAUGCAGCUUUUGCAUUUCAGUAAAGAGGCAUUACCCGAUUCUGUCGGCACUGACAUACAGAAUCUAAACAAACUCAGUGAAGAGCAGUAUGUAAGUUUGACAGACAUUCUCUUCCGCUUCUUAACAGAACCCAAGGAGACUGACAGGUUUUUGAGCCAGCUUAAUGAGUUUGCCUCGGAGAAUGGGAUGAGUCCAGGGCCCCUCAAAAACCUGGUGAAAAGUGUGCUUCUGAUCCCCAAUGGUGCUCUGAAAAGAAAUUUGACAGCUGAGCAAGUAAAGGCGGAUCUCGUUACCCUAGGACUAAACGAUGACAAGGCUAGUCACUUUGCAGACCAGUGGAAGGUCCAUUACCCUGCACUCUCCAGACUGGCAGUGGAGCAGACGCUUAUGGUCAAUCAGCUUGUGGACAUGGAGUGGAAAUUUGGAGUAACUGCAGGAAGCAGUGAACUACAAAAAGUGGGAAGCAUCUUCUUACAACUCAAGCUGGUUGUGAGAAAGGGAAACACCACUGAGAAUAUCUUUAUGGAGUUGACGUUGCCACAGUUCUACAGCUUCCUUCAUGAGAUGGAGCGAGCCAAAGCCAGCCUGGACUGUUUCAGUUAAGUCGCUCUCACAGAAGACACAGUAAAGUAAAGUGCCUGGGUAGAAGUACAUUUCCCAGAAGUCCUAGAACAGACCAGCUGAAAGGAAGAUUAUUCUUCAUCUGUACUUUCUGUGUGUUUUAACAAGUUAAUUAUUUGAAAAAACAUGUCAGCAUAAUUUCUUGUACUGUAUACUUGGUAGCCUUUACUAGACAUUUUUUUUAUGUUUGAUUGACAUUCUGCCCACUUACAUUUUUGUAAAUAAAAUUGUGAUGCAUUAGAACAUCAGUUUUCAUUUUCCAUUAUUACUAACAUGUCCACUGUUUUUUACAAAUUUGAAAGUUGAGCUGUUAAUAGCUAUCAGCUUAUACAGGUAAAAAAGUGACAAAAAAACAAUGGUAAAAUAGGGUUCUAGGAGGCACAGUAUGCCUUGCUUUUAUUUUUUCCCAUUUAGAGUAUUGUAGGCUUUCUGUUCAUCCUCUAGUGCUGGAUGUGGCUCAUCUGGGUUUACCUUUGCAUUGUGAAGAGCCGGAAAGGAACACAGGGUUUGCAUCCCAUUCGAUCUUCAGUUAAAAUCAGCAUUUCAGAGGUUAUGAUUAUAAGUACUGCUAAGUUAAACAGACCUGAACCUCUCCACAGUUUAAGAUUACAGAACCACAGAAUUGUUUUCUGCAGAUUUGUUUAGAGAAGCAAGUCUGAGCAGAUGGUGUGGAGAUCCAGGCAUACAAAGGACGGGAUUCUCGUUAUUUUCAAACAAGAGAUGCACACUUUCCAGUCUCUCUUCAGCGUUUGCUCUCAUGCUGCGAGUUUCCACUUGCCAAGGUAUAUACACCAUUGAAUUUCAGUGUAGCUGUGGAAGCCGAUACUAAACAACCGCAAGCAUGAAAAUUGCAUUUUGCCCUUUCUUUUGUCACAUUUGUAAUGCUGUAACAAAACUGGUGCAGAAUAUUUCUCUCUCCUUUUUUUUUCUUUGACAUACGUGUCUGCUCUCACUUACGUUCUGAACCUUGCCCCUUUCAUUUGAAAA